UGAAUUAAAAAAAUAAAUAUAACUGAGAAAGAAAAGAAAAUACAGAGAGACAAAUUUAAACAAAAGGAAAGGGAGAUCGAGAGAGGCACACACACACAAAGGAGAAUUUUAGGGUUUGGGGAGACUCCGAAGAGAUUGGCGUAACCUUCAUUGUACACUUCAUCUGGAUUUUUUCCCCCCAAUAUCUCUAAUUGAAAAUUGUCGAUUUCGAGUGUCAGCUGAGAGUAUUGUGAACCUGCAGCUGUGGUUUGGAUUGUUUAUAGCUCAAUGGUUGAAACUUGAUCAUUCUUACACAUAAAAAUUGUUCCUUUACUUCCGUUGAUUACUUGUGUCUUUGAAAGCUCAUCUUCCUCGUCAUGGUGGCUACUUCCGCUACGUCGUCGUUUUUUCAUGUUCCAUCUUCCUCCUCUCUUGAUACUAAUGGGAAGGGGAACAGAGUUGCGUCCACGAACUUCGCUGGACUUAACUCAACGCCAAGCUCUGGGAGGAUGAAGGUUAAACCAAACGCUCAGGCUCCACCCAAGAUCAACGGGAAGAAAGCUAACUUGCCUGGUUCUGUAGAGAUAUCAAAGUCUGACAACGAGACUUCGCAACCCGCACCCGCACCGAGGACGUUUAUCAACCAGCUGCCUGACUGGAGCAUGCUUCUCGCUGCCAUAACAACUAUUUUCUUAGCGGCUGAGAAACAGUGGAUGAUGCUUGACUGGAAACCCAGGCGUUCUGAUAUGAUAAUGGAUCCUUUCGGUUUAGGGAGAAUCGUUCAGGAUGGUCUUGUGUUUCGUCAGAAUUUCUCCAUUAGGUCUUAUGAGAUAGGUGCUGAUCGCUCUGCGUCUAUAGAAACUGUUAUGAAUCAUUUACAGGAAACGGCCCUAAACCAUGUGAAGUCUGCCGGACUGCUGGAAAAUGGGUUUGGUUCUACUCCCGAGAUGUUUAAGAAGAACUUGAUAUGGGUCGUUGCUCGUAUGCAGGUUGUCGUUGAUAAAUAUCCUACUUGGGGAGAUGUUGUGGAAGUGGAUACAUGGGUUAGUCAGUCCGGAAAGAAUGGUAUGCGUCGUGAUUGGCUGGUUCGGGAUUGCAAUACUGGAGAAAUUGUAACGCGAGCAUCAAGUUUGUGGGUGAUGAUGAAUAAACUGACAAGGAGAUUGUCAAAGAUUCCUGAAGAGGUUCGUGGGGAAAUAGAGCCUUAUUUUGUGAACUCUGAUCCUGUCAUUGCCGAAGACAGCAGAAAGUUAACAAAACUGGAUGACAAGACUGCUGACUAUGUUCGUUCGGGUCUCACUCCGAGUUGGAGUGACUUAGAUGUUAACCAGCAUGUUAACAAUGUAAAGUACAUCGGGUGGAUACUGGAGAGUGCUCCAGCAGGGAUGCUGGAGAGUCAGAAGCUGAAAAGCAUGACUCUGGAGUAUCGCAGGGAGUGCGGGAGAGACAGUGUGCUUCAGUCUCUCACCGCGGUCUCUGGAUGUGAUGUCGGUAACCUCGGGACAGCCGGGGAAGUGGAGUGUCAGCAUUUGCUUCGUCUCCAGGAUGGAGCUGAAGUGGUGAGAGGAAGAACAGAGUGGAGUUCCAAGAUAGAAGCAACAACUUGGGACACUGCUACAUCGUAAACAUUGGUCCUUUGGUUCCUUUGUAAAACUGUACCUGCUGCUACCUUCUUGCAACCACCACCUUUGUAUAUUUCUUCUUUUUUGUUUUUCAUUUUGCUUCAAUGGAGACAUAUAUUAUUAUUUAUUUAAUUUUUCUAGUUUUCUUUUUUUUUUGGUAUUCUUAUGGGAAAUGGGUGUAUUAUGUGAUAUAUUAUUGUAAACCCAUGUGCCAGGGCCAGACAAGGCAAUAACUUUCUUAUCCUAAAAUUUAUUCUACUUUCU